AUGGAAAGGUAUAAUGUAUCUACUGUUUUUGAUAAAAACGAGUUGGGGGCACCAGACACAAAAUUCCAGUGGAGGGUAUCCCAACCCAUCAAGACACGAUCCAGCGAUGCUGAGAGUGAUAGUGAAAGUGAGGAAGAGAGCCGUCAACUUAGGUGCCACUGGUUAUUUGAAAAAAGUGAGAAUAAGAAAGGGAAGGUCGUGCCGGAGUCCACAAUGAUGAAGAAGGGCUAUCUGAAAACCAAGGUGAAUUCUCAAGCCCAAGAAUCUGACAUCGAAUCUCAUCCCAUCGUCUCAGAUGUCGAUGAACGUUUGAUCGAAGAACCAAUCAUGUCACGUGAUAGUGUUCAAGAAGAGGAAAUCGAGAAAGUUGAAACAGGCAGCAAACUCAGGAACGUACAGAAUGGGCAAAUCAAGACGACACUAGUGGAGGAGCCAGACACCUUAAUACUUAACGAGGAACUACCAGUAAUAGCGACAACUCGGAGAAAUCAAGACAGAACCGAUGAAAUUGAGAAUGAUCAGGAAACAGUAAAAGAAUUAGCAAGGGAGCUCCCAGAGGAUCAACAGGGCGUCCCUAUAGAAAUUGUUCAAGGGUUAAUAUUUGCGGAUGUAAUGUUGUGCACGGAUAAUACUGACAGUGUAUCAGUCUAG